AUGAAUACUAUGAUUGACACCACAAAUGAUGCGAAAUAUAGGAAGUAUCAGGACGCGAUUCGCAAAUGUAUUGCGCUUUUUCAAACAGUGGAACAAUGGCCUGACUAUAUAUCAUAUUUGACGAAGCUUCAUAAGGUUUUACAAUCGUACUCGUCAUAUAAAACAAUUCCCUGUAAUUUGUUGGUCUCUAGAUCUUUGGCUGAAUGCUUAUCUCCAGGACUUCCAUCUGGCGUACAUAAGAAGGCGUUAGAAGUUUAUGAUUAUGUAUUCACUAUUUUGGAAAAGGAUGUACUUGCGGAGGAACUGGUUGUGUGGACGUAUGGGCUUACCCCAUUCUUUUCUAUAUCAUCAAUAAAAACAAAAAAUGACUAUAUAAAUCUUAUACGGAAACAUUUUGUCUCGCUUGGAGAGUCAAUUCGCCCUUGCUUUCAAGCUGUAUUUAUAUCGCUGCUUUCCGGAUUGGAAGAAGAAAGUGACGAGUAUUCACAAGAAACCCUUUUCUUGAUAGAUGAUCUAAUAAAAGGUUUGAAUGAUGAUAAAUUUGCGUGGGGAAGCAUUUGGUCAACAAUCUUGAGUUUUCCUAGCCAAAGGCCAGGUGCAUUGAUAUAUUUACUUCGAACUUGUAAUGCUCUUCCCAAAGAAGAAAUUCACCCUAAGGUAAUUCAACCAGAUCCGAGCCUUGUCACGCGUGCUCUGGCGGCUGCAAUAAGUGAUAAUGAUGUCCUCGUUCAGAGAGGUUACAUGGACGCAUUGUUGCACCAUUUUCCUAUUCGAUCUCCAUUUUUACAAAGAGUGAAAUCAUUUGAUUUAAAACUUUUACACAUGUCUGUUGUAUCUAUAAUUUUACGAAACGAUCUUUCUUUAAAUCGAAGGUUUUAUGCGUGGCUGAUGGGUUUACCCAAGGAUUCAGAAUUAUCAGGUCCUGAUCCAGCUGAUGAAAUGGACCCAUCCUUGCUUUUGGAGAACAUGUCUGUUUUCAUUGAUGGUAUUCGAGAUCUACUGUCUUUGAAAACUAGUACAAUGUCUAUAUAUAAGGCUUUUCGAAUUCUAUAUACACUCUCUGACCGAAAAUCAAUUUUCUCAGUUAUGGAAAGUCAAAUUCUAUCUUUUGUUUUUCAAGCUUACCACGCUAUCAGUGUUUCUACACAAAAACAGGAUUCCAAGCAUUUGCAUGAUUCCUCAAUCGAUUACGGCCGUCGUCUCAUUAUGCGGUUUAAUGACUUAACUAUUUAUGAAUUUUUAUAUAAGUGUAUAAGAGAUUAUAUUUCUAAUACUGAGAAGUAUUUAUCUUCGCUAGAAAUGUUUCAUUUUAUCUUGCGAAACCAACAAUACUUCUUAAAUGGAAUCGAUGAAAAGUAUUUCUUCUUGUUUUUUUGCUAUAUGAUUUUCUACUUGAAAAAGAACCCUUCUUUGGUAACUCAAAAUCCUUCUUUGGACUUGUUUAUUUCUACUUGCACACUUUUGGUGGAUAAUUUUAGAUGGAGUUCUCUCAAAGACUACAAUAUUGAUUCUUCAUCGGCGGAAUGCCACCCUAAAGUUUUGUAUUCUCUUGAACGUCGCAUACACGAUAUGAAUGACUUUCCUGACGGAAGUUCUUUAUACUCGGAAUCCGUGUCGAGCUUGCUCUAUUUUUUGAAGGGAUUUGCUAACAUAGAGAAAUUCCAUCAAAGUAUUCUUAUAUUCCUUUUGCAGCUUCUGAAAGAAGCAAUCGACCCUAAAAUUGAAUAUGAUUUUUUGGGAAUAACCAUUGAAGGACUGGAUCAAAAGUCCUGGAAUUUUCAAGAAGUAGAAAGUCUCGUGUCAUUUCUUCCUUCCAGGAUGCUUUUAAGCUCUAAUCGUUUAGUACAUUUACUGCUUGAAACUGUCUGGGCUGAGAUAUCCGUAAAUUCGUAUCUACGAGAAGAGUUAUCUUUGGAAAUUAUUUGGAUUCUUCAAGAGAAAUUGCAGAAUAAAAAAAUAGAAUCCUUCUUCUCCGCAUGUGUUGUUAACCAACAAAUGAUAAAUAAAACUUCUGCAGUUUAUCAUAUUCCUUUCUUUGAUACACUUAAGAAAAGUGUUCACCAUACCCUAUUCCAUGAUGUUUUUGAUAGGCCGCUGUUACUAUUACUCAGUGCUUUGUUAGGAGACACUCCCGAAAAAGAUUUAACUGGGUUGAUUAACUGGAUAAGUUCCUCUACUGCACUUCAAUUACGAGUUUUAGAGCUCAUAACUGAAAACCUGUUGCUCCAAUCCCCGAAUCUAUCUGAUUUUCGUUGUUUAGGAAAUGACACAACAAAAUACAAUAUAAUGGAAACACAAAGAAAUAGUCAAGCAUCAAGAUGCAUCUAUUUCUUUCGAAUGAGUUAUCAAUUAAUCUUGUAUUCAGAUUUAUUCAUUAAUCAAGAAGACUUAUUGGGGAGCCUAGAAGAAGUUGAGAAAAUAUGUCUUAUAAGUUGGGCUGACGCCUUAUCGGUGAAAAAACAAUCUUUUAAUUAUACAACUUUCCUUGCUAUCCUUAUGAAAUCAUUGCUAGGUAUCUUCAACGAGGAUCAUACAGUAACGGAGAAAGAGGAUGUUUAUAAACUAUAUUCCUGGGCAUUUAAAUUAUUUCGAGAGAUCGUCAAAGUUUGGACUAGACCUUUGGAUUGUGAACAGCAAGUAGUUAAUAGCCUUCUUGCCCUCGUAAAGAUUGUAGAACCAGAUACCGGUUCUAGCUACAAAGACUUCCUUUUAAACUUAUUGAGUUUAUUGGAGUUCCUUCAACCGAGAAUUAAAUUGUCUAAUAUUAAUACAGCAGAGAACCGUGAGUUUAUUCGAAAUUUUAUUAUGGCUGGCUUAUCUAACAACGAUCCCCCAAUUUGUUCAAGGUGGCUUAAAGUAAUUUAUGGGUUUUUACCAAACAUGUUAGAAGAUAUUCCCCUAUUAGUUAUACCUCCCAUUCAGUUUUUGUCUUCUUUUAUUGAUGACUUUCUCAAACAACACGAUGCUGUGUAUAGAGAUUUUCCGAAUUCGUUACCUGAUCGCACAUACAUGGAUGUGUUUAUACUUAAGUUAGAGACGUUAAGUGAUAUGAUCGCGCGCGUUAUUAAAGAGUUCCCAUACAUGCCAAACCCCAAAAGGUCAGUGGAAACUAGUGGCCUCAUCGGAAAUGUAAUUUCUGGUGUGUUUUCUAAUGAUACUUCAACGUCUUCCGUUGAUAUAAGUAAGCGUCUUUCUAUGUUGCUCGUUUUACAGGAUGCCGUCCGCACCUUAUUUGCUUGUUAUUCUUGGGAUUUGAAGUGCGGGUAUUAUGAGAAGGGCUCUAAAGUGUUCUUAAAUGACACGGCCUCACUUAAAGAAGCUGCAGCUAAAGGUAUUUUACGACUUUAUGAGCAUGAACCCAUGGAGUGUAUUGAGACACUUGUUUACAUCUACAUAAACCAUGAUACCUCGUAUUCCCGAUAUGUAUGGGAGUUGUUUUCGUAUUUUAACGACGGAUACCCAGAACGCAUUAUUAAGCACCUGACAUCUUCUUUCUUUGCAAGGGAGACAAUUUCCACAUAUAAUGGCCCUUCUAGUUUGACCAUCAAAGUUUCGCAGAUGAAUAUUUUAGAUUGCAUCUGUUCAUAUGUUGCUCAAUUUAAAGAAAACGAAGUACCUGGUGUCUUUCCUGAGAUUGCUAGAUUUUUGCGAGAAAUCAUCAUUUCUUCUAAUUCUUUCAAAAAUUAUUUGCUUGCUUCACUUCGGAUUUUAUUUCUGAUUUCAAAGCACAUUAAUAAUAACUCGGAUUCACGCCAACAGAAAGAGUUCUCUGAUCUUUGGAAUCGGUGCCUAACGGCUACUCUGUUCAACGUUGGUAAAACACCUGAAAGUCAAGUAAUUGCUGACUUUUUUGCUUACAGGGAAUUGCGACAGAACGUGACAAGCCAUACUGAAAAUAAGGGAUCUCUAGAGCCAAUGUAUUUGUUUUCAAGAUAUUUGGAGCCAGCGCUUCUUGAAUUCUUUUGUACAGAACUAAUUCCCAAUAUAUCAGAUCUAGCCAAAGACGAAGAAAAAUUAAUUGGAUGGUCAAUCAUGAUUGUAAACGGUUUUAUCUCACCAAUUGUCAAAGCAAGAACAUUUCCUGAAGCAUUUACCGAAAUGCACUUGGAUUUGUUGGUUGCCUUUAGUCGAUACACUUCUCUUUGCAAAUCAUGGAAGAAAGAGUUUUGGGAUAUAUUCAACGAUAAUAAUCUAUUCCGGUUUAAUACAAGUCAACUUCGAAAGCUAGCUCCGGUGAUUCAGGUUGCGUUAUACCAAGAUUUGUCUCGUUUAGGUGAUUUAAUCACCAAAUCCGACCUUGGUAUGACUGCACUGUUCACGUCGCGAGAUGCACAAUUGGGCGUUCGUCAAGGCAAUUUAUGUCGAAUCACAAUAUUCAUAUUAUCUUGCCAUAAGGACUUCUUUUUGCCGAGUCUUCCACCUAUUAUUGAUUUAAUUAAACGACUUUUAGGCUCUGAUCCCGAGGGUGUUUUGAAGAAGGAACUUUUCUUGAUGAUUCGUGCUCUUGCACUGAGAACGACAUCAAGUCAUUUAUUAAGUCUUUGGCCGGUUGUAGUUAGCGAAGUCCAAAUAAUUUUCCAAAAGUACUGUAUGGCCGAUGCUACUGUUUCCAAAGAAACAUUAAUGGAUGCCUGCAAGCUCUUGGAUUUUUUAACAGCGUUAAAACCAGAGGAGUUUUCUUUGCAUGAGUGGGUUCUAAUGAUGAGUCCGUUAGAUGCAGUUUAUUGGAGUACGAAGACAUUUCCAAAACCUUUGGUACAUUUAGUAGCGGAGCGUUUGAAAGAUACUUCGUCUGAAAUGUUUGAUAGGAACAGUAUUGAAAGCUCAGAAUAUUCUUCUUCAGCAACAUCAAAGGCUCCCUCUUCACAUAUAACUUCAAGGACUCCUUCUCUCUCCGCAUUCCCCACAGACGGACAACUACGACAAUUUUUGAAUGCAAUACCAAUAGAUGUAUACGAGGAGAGUUAUUCUUUAAGUGUGGUAGAUCCUUACUGGUUUGAAGAAUCAAUUUACAAAGAAUUGCUCCAAAGGUUUUCUGUUCCAUUAAAUACUUCUACUUCGUAUCCUAUGUCUAGGUCUUCUUUGGCACCUACUACGGAGUUUACAUAG